AUGGUUCGCUUUACUUUGUUGACUACUUCGGCUCUUGCCAUUGCCUCCUUCCUCGCACCCACUGCUUUCGCCUGUGAGCGUGAGUGCAGGAUCUACCCCGUCAAGUUCCUCGUCGAGCGCUACUCAACCGUUAUCGACCGCCGGCUCGCAACCCUCCCCAUCGCCGACCGAGCCCGCGCCGAGACCCUCUCCCACAGCGCCAUCACCUCCCUCUCCGGCCGCGGUGGCGCCAUCGACGAAGCAAUCUUCUCCGUCUUCCGCAAGAAUUGUCACGACAAACCGCCCCGUCGAUCCCCCGACGAACUCUGUGGGUCGGCAAAAUCCAUCGCCUGUUUCGCACCCUGGGGUCAUCGUGAUGGGGUCUUUGAUAUGGUUCAUCAUGCGGUUGUGAAUGUGAUGAAGAAGACUUAUAGAGAGGAGAAUGCGAUGGUUCAGAAGGCUAUGGUUGCGGGCGUUGAGGCUGCUUGUCCGGGGGAAUGUAAGGCGUGGGAGGCGCCUUUCCAGAAGUUGAUGCUGGGGUGGGAGCAGAGGGAGCAUCAUAAUGUUUAUGGGGCUAAGACGCCCAACUGUGCCAAGGGUCGUCUUGCCUACUAA